CAGAAACUACUGCUUUCCAGAAACAGUUGGAUCCUUAGAAUUUUCUUCGUCCACCUCAGUUAAGAGAUUUAAUCCGUGCAUCCCUUUAAUCUCUUCCUUUAAAAUGGAGUUAACCAUCCGGUGCUGUGAUAGUGUAUUUUUUCCCUGAAACAUUUUACUUUUAAUCACAAUUUGGUACAUGCUUCCACAUCCUCCAGAGACGUCGAUAACUCGAAGAGAGCUCGGGGAUAACUUCUCAGUUAAGAUAUCUCUUAUUCUGUUUUCACCGCCUGUAGAUGAGAACCGUUUGAACGUUUUCUGGAAAUGGCCUCCUCCUUGAUGAGGCAUGAGUUUAAGAGGACCCUUGAUCCAUCGACAGAAACGAAUGCUAUUCAUUUUCUAAAAUACUUCUUUCAGGUAAAGAAUGAAUAAAAUGAAACGAACAAAUUAUAUAGAAUUAUAAUUAGUAGGUUAAAGAUGAAUAGGAGAAAAGUCAAAGUAAAAUGAAUUUCAUCACUAACCGAAAUAUAUACUAAAGCUGAACAAUUCAUUGGCUUACGCCUAGAGCGCCCUGAAAAAGUGAAAGACUAUCUAUUCACGAAUUUAUUUUUCUUUCUUCAUCUUUCUUUUUAUAAUUUGUUAUCUUUUCCUUGUUUCCUUUAUAGAGUAUCUAAAAUUUCUACAAAUAACGUUUGAGACCACAAUUGGCGACUAACGGGUUUGAAAGCACAGUUUCCAGUCUGAUAGCAAGCAUUUGAAAUCCUAAAGGUCUUCGAGAAGGAUAGAAAUAGAAAAACGACCAUCUAUUAAACGUUGAGAAAGCUGAGGACAAAAGGUACUGUUUCUGAUAUAGGAGGAAAUUAAGAAUACAAAGAAAUACUUCAUCUUACGUUUUGUAACAGAAAUGUCUUGUCACAAAUUUGCUUAAGUAUCAUCGGAUCUUGCUUUUCAACGUUCACUGUUACAAUUUAUAGACCUCCGUUAAAUGGUCGUGUAUUAGAUUAACAAAAUGCGGAACUCUAAGACUCAGUUGGAGAAUUUUGCACUUUUUGAUGACAUUUGUACUUCGCUUUUUAUUGACAAAAUACAUUAUUGGUCUGAAAUACACAAAGUUCGAAAACUUGUAAGUCGCUCUAUUGAACGGAUCAAUUCGCAGCUUCUUCUUAAUAUUGUUAUCCAAAAUGUAAUAGGACGGAAAGAUUUGGAAGGUGCAAUUGACGAAACGUUAAAACUACACGAAUUGCAGCCUAUAAUCCAAAGAUGGUCAGAAUCUUCAUAUAAUGCUUUUCUAAGGCACCUUCGUUUGUACUUAUCUCUGUAUCUUCCUUCUUGUAAGUUUGAAAUAUGUUCUACUAACAGAUAUUUUACUUCUACGAAACACGAGGCCUGUGUAAUCGCCCGAGAACUCAUACAAGCUGGAGAUGAUUUAUUAGACCUGUCAGGAACGAUUGUGAAAUUAACCGCAAAAGAAGAACGAACUUUGGGGGCCGAGAAAGAUUUCAGUAUUCUUCAUUCAAGUAGAUUGGACGCAAUGUGCCUAUUUUUAGGGCCUGCUCGUUUUGUGAACCAUGACUGUGAUGCUAAUUGCCGAUUUAACACAUCAGGUAGAAGAAUUUGGCUUAGAUCUGUUAAGCCAAUUCAGCCAGGACAAGAAAUUACUACUUUCUAUUCAUCAAACUAUUUUGGUCCUGAUAACUGUGAAUGUCUUUGUUCUACUUGUGAACGAAAAGGAAUAAAUGGCUACAGAAAAUUCUUUAAAUGCCAGUUAACAUCUUCAAACCUAAAAAGUAUAUCAUCUAAACAAAGUCAGCAAAGGGAAGGGCAUCCUUUCUCAAUAUCUCAACAAGACAGACUUUAUCUCAGUGAUUGGGAUACCGGCAGCGAUUUAAGUAAUGCAUCGGAUUCCGAUUUAGAUGAAGAAUUAUCUCUUUAUAUCCCUCGUCAUAAAAAAAGAGUUUGGCCUCGUGAACGAAGAUCAAUCAAGGCAGCGUUUUUGGAAAAGGCAAUAAAAUCAGAUCAACAAGUCAAUUUUGACAAAUUUCGAAACGAGCUCAAAAAGAGAAGGUUAAAUGGCAAUACUGAAUAUGCUUGUUCAGAUUGUCAAGAAGUCUUUAUCGAUUCCUUGACUCGGGCUCAAGGUACAAUGUGCCAAAAAUGUUCACGUCACUUUUAUCUUUAUAAGCUUCCAUGGCCGUAUCGAAGUAAAUCCGAAUUUGAAGAGGUUAGAUUGAGUAGCCCUACCAAAGAAGUUGCCCAGAAGCAACACACCAUGUCGUUGCGGCGUAAAAAGCCUAUAAGCUAUAACAUCUAAAUUACUUAGUUAAAAAUAUUUUUGGUGCAUAGAUUCAUUCAUUUGUUCACUAAUAUCUUUAAUUAUUAAUAGGUGGGUGCUAUUGUGCACUACUAAAAAAAAGGUUUCAUUCAAUCAUAAUUGAUUUAGGGAAUAAAUGAUUUCUUUAAAAUUUGGAGGAUAUAAUACAAUAAAUUGUCAACUUAAG